AUCGAGAAACCCACUUCUCUUUUUCCAUCUGUCUCUCUACACCGGACCUGCUCUCUACACCAGACCUGCUAUGUGAGAAACCCUCUUCGCGAUGCUCUUCCAACCCUGCGACUUCAACUAACGAUUGCCUAGUGGUUUCGAUUUCUGGUUUUUCGAUCCCCGACUUCCUUUCUACGGUUUGUAGUUUAACCAUAAUGAGCGAGCUGAGUUCGGAAGAAUUGAGACGCUCGAAAACCCCAGGCAUGCCAGCUACAAUCCCAAAGAGCUGAUUCUGACAACUCGAUGGGAUGAAUCAGAAAUGAGGGGAACUUUGUUGAUUGGUGAUUUGUUGCAGAGACUCGAAGUUGAACCCCAGUUUCUGGAAUUUGUGAUGGUGAUUAUUGGCUCGAGGAUUCCUUAUAUAACACCUUAAAAUACCAGAUCUGGGCUCAGUAAGCAGGAGAUGACAGAAAACAAAAAUGGGAAUGCCCCGCCUGCAAAUAAAAGCACUCAUGGUGCUUACACUAUUAAUUUGGUGGGCUUUAGUACACGGUUGAAGGCCCUUUACUCGAACUGGCGUGAACACAAAGCUGAGUUCUGGGGAUCUUCUGAUGUCCUUGCAGUUGCUACGCCUCCUGCUUCUGAUGAUCUGCGUUACCUUAAAUCAUCUGCUCUUAAUAUUUGGUUGCUUGGUUAUGAGUUUCCGGAGACAAUAAUGAUAUUCAUGAACAAGCAGAUCCAUUUCUUGUGCAGCCAGAAGAAGGCUUCUUUGCUUGAAGCUGUGAAGAAGUCUGCAGUGGAGGCUGUGGGUGUGGAAGUUGUCAUGCAUGUGAAGGCAAGGAAUGAUGAUGGGACUGCACAGAUGGACGCCAUACUCCUUGCCAUCCGUGCUCAGUCAAAGUCGGAUCCUAUUGUUGGGUCUGUAGCAAGAGAGGCCCCAGAGGGUAUUCUUCUGGAGACCUGGGCUGAGAAGCUGAAGAACUCAAAUCUUCAGCUUGCUGAUAUAACCAAUGGGUUUUCUGACCUAUUUGCUGUAAAGGACCAUGAUGAGGUCACUAAUGUGAAAAAGGCUGCAUUUUUGACUGCCAGUGUGAUGAAGAAUUUUGUGGUUCCAAAACUAGAAAAGUUCAUUGACGAGGAGAAAAAAGUUGCACAUACUGUAUUGAUGGAUGAAACUGAGAAGGCCAUACUGGAUCCUAUUAAAAUUAAGGUGAAAUUGAAGGCUGAAAACGUAGAUAUCUGCUACCCUCCAAUCUUCCAGAGUGGUGGGAACUUUGAUCUCCGGCCGAGUGCUUCAAGUAAUGAUGAGUUUCUGUACUACGAUUCUGCCAGUGUGAUCAUUUGUGCUGUUGGAUCUCGAUAUAACAGCUACUGUUCUAAUGUUGCCAGGACUUUUCUUAUUGAUUCCACUGAGACACAGAGCAAGGCGUACGACGUUCUACUCAGGGCUCAUGAAGCAGCAAUCGGUGCUUUGAAUCCUGGGAACAAAGUCAGUGCUGUGUAUCAAGCUGCCCUCUCUGUGACUGAGAGGGACGCUCCUGAAUUAGUUGCAAACUUGACAAAAUCUGCUGGGACAGGAAUCGGGUUGGAGUUCCGCGAGUCGGGAUUGAGUCUUAAUGCCAAGAAUGACCGUGUGUUGAAACCAGGCAUGGUUUUUAAUGUGACGCUUGGUUUCCAGAACCUGCAAGCACAGACCAAGAACCCAAAGAGCCAGAAUUUUUCUUUGUUGCUUGCGGAUACUGUGAUUGUUACGGAGAAGGGGCAUGAAGUGGCAACUGUGUUGAGCUCUAAGUCUGCUAAGGAUGUGGCUUAUUCCUUUAAUGAGGAUGAGGAAGAGGAGGAGCUGCCAAAAGUGAAAUCUGAGUCCAAUGGCACAGAAAACUUGUAUUCGAAGGCAACUCUCAGGUCAGACAACCAUGAGAUAUCGAAGGAAGAGCUCCGAAGGCAGCACCAGGCGGAACUUGCUCGCCAGAAGAAUGAAGAAACUGCCAGACGUCUCGCCGGUGGGGGGUCAGUAAAUGGAGAUAAGCGUGGUGCUUCAAAGAAUACGAGCGACUUAAUCGCUUAUAAGAGUGUCAACGACCUCCCCCCUCCUAGAGAUAUGAUGAUUCAGAUUGACCAGAAAAAUGAGGCCAUCCUCUUACCUGUAUAUGGCAUCAUGGUGCCUUUUCAUGUUGCUACAGUGAAGACCGUGUCCAGCCAGCAGGACACCAAUCGAAGUUGCUAUAUCAGAAUAAUAUUUAAUGUUCCAGGCACCCCAUUUAAUCCUCAUGACGCAAACUCUUUGAAGCAUCAGGGGGCAAUAUUUCUGAAAGAGGUUUCAUUUCGGUCCAAGGACCCAAGGCACAUAAGUGAAGUGGUGCAGCAGAUUAAAACACUUAGGCGGAAUGUUUUGGCUAGGGAGUCUGAGAGAGCAGAGCGGGCUACUUUGGUUUCUCAGGAGAAGCUUGUAAUUGGAGGGAACAAGUUUAAGCCCAUAAGGUUGAUUGACCUUUGGAUCCGUCCCGCUUUCGGCGGUCGUGCAAGAAAGCUGAGUGGUACUUUAGAAGCACACUCGAAUGGGUUUCGGUAUUCAACCUCAAGGCCGGACGAGCGUGUUGACAUCAUGUUUGGAAACAUUAAGCAUGCAUUCUUCCAGCCAGCAGAGAAGGAGAUGAUCACCCUCCUUCACUUCCAUUUGCACAACCAUAUAAUGGUUGGAAACAAGAAAACUAAGGACGUGCAGUUCUAUGUUGAGGUGAUGGAUGUGGUUCAGACACUUGGGGGUGGAAAGAGAUCUGCCUACGACCCUGAUGAGAUUGAGGAAGAACAACGGGAAAGGGACCGGAAAAAUAAAAUCAACUUGGAUUUCCAGAAUUUUGUCAACAGGGUGAAUGAUCUCUGGGGACAAAGCCAAUUCAAAGUGCUUGACCUCGAAUUUGAUCAACCUUUAAGGGAACUUGGUUUCUAUGGAGUUCCAUAUAAGGCCUCGGCUUUCAUUGUCCCAACUUCAAGUUGCUUGGUUGAGCUGAUAGAAAAUCCUUUCCUUGUGGUCACUCUAAGUGAGAUCGAAAUCGUGAAUUUAGAAAGAGUGGGUCUUGGGCAGAAAAACUUCGACAUGGCUAUUGUGUUCAAGGACUUUAAGUGCGAUGUGCUUCGGAUCGAUUCUAUUCCUUCAACUUCACUUGAUGGGAUCAAAGAAUGGCUUGAUACAACAGACGUCAAGUACUAUGAAAGCAGGUUGAAUCUGAACUGGCGUCCGAUAUUGAAGACUAUCACUGAUGACCCCGAGAGGUUUUUGGAAGAUGGGGGAUGGGAAUUUUUGAAUUUGGAGGCCAGUGACUCGGAUUCUGAUAACUCGGAGGAGUCAGACCAGGGUUAUGAACCGUCGGAUGCUGAGCCUGAUUCGGUAUCUGAGGAUGAUGAAUCCGACAGUGCGUCAUUGGUGGAGUCUGAGGAUGAUGAUGAGGAAGAGGACUCGGAGGAAGAAUCAGAGGAAGAUAAGGGGAAGACGUGGGAAGAGUUGGAGAGGGAAGCGAGUAAUGCAGACAAGGAGAAAGGGGAUGAAUCAGACAGCGAGGAGGAGAGGAGGCGAAGGAAGAUGAAGGCUUUUGGCAAGUCUAGGGCCGGUCCAGGUAGCGCUGCUCCCAAACGGACAAAGAUGCGGAGGUAGAUUCUAGGGGAGAUCUCUUGUUUUCAAGUAAGGUUUUAUAGUUUAUGCAGCAGUAGUGAUCUAUGUUUUCAAUAGUCAGCUCUUAGAAAUUUUUUUAAGGGUUACUUUUCCUUUUUUUGGGUCAUUUUCUCGUGUUUUAGGUGACCUACUGGAUGUUAACAUGACAGGUUGCGCUUGUAAAUUUGGUAGCAUUUGUUUGGUCUAAAAGGGGUUUCGCUUUA